AUGGCUAAGUUCCAGAAUUUACACGCAUGGGCAGUGCUCAUCGUUAGCAUUCUUUUGGUGCAUGCCAUCGGCGGCAAUGCUAAUUGGGAGGAUGGGAGUGCAACGUUUUAUGGUGACAUGAGUGGAGGGGAAACCAUGAAAGGGGCUUGUGGAUACGAUGAUCUCUUCCAACAAGGCUAUGGCCUCGAGACAGCAGCCCUAAGAACAGCACUGUUUAACAAUGGACAAACUUGUGGUGCUUGCUUUCAGAUCAUGUGUGUCAAUGAUCCACAAUGGUGCAUACCUAAUGCUGGUACCAUCAGAAUCACUGCAACAAACUUUUGUCCUCCAAAUUACGAUCCACAUUUUUAUCCCUGGUGCAAUCCACCAAGAAAACACUUUGACUUGUCCAUGCCGAUGUUCAAGAGAAUAGCUAUAUAUAAAGCUGGGAUCAUUCCUGUAAAGUUCCAUCGAGUCUCGUGCUUUAAGAGAGGAGGGGUAAGGUUUGAGCUUAAGGGAAACCCUUACUGGAUUACUGCAACUUUAUUGAAUGUUGGUGGUGCUGGUGAGGUUACCGGCGUGAAGAUUAAGGGGUCUAAGUCCAAUUGGCUUCAAAUGUCUCGCAACUGGGGGCAAGUUUGGCAGACCACAGUUAACUUAGUCGGACAAAGCUUAUCGUUCCAAGUCACUACUAGUGAUGGGAAGACGGUUGAGCUUGAUAAUGUUGCACCGGGAAAUUGGCAAUUUGAUCAAACCUAUGAAGGGAAAGGCAACUUUUAG